AGCUAGUUAGCUAUCGACGGGACUCCCUCCAUCCGUGGACUCAACCUUGUCCUGAGCUGAGUGAUGACAACUCUGAAUAUGGCGAGGGCUUCAGACAGCGACUACAAAACUGGACACAUUGAGCCACUGGACUGGCAAGCAGCCCAGCGAGUGUACCCAAGAUAAACAUUGUGAAAUUGGACAAUUCUUGUAAUGGCUAAAGAUAUUGAUUUAUUUUAUCUGUAUGUCGCGCUGCCCCGUUGCUGUCAGAGUAGCAGAGCAAUGGACUACUGCUGCUGAAGCCAUCUUCUUUAAAGUUUAGAAAUACUUGUCUCUGUUGAAGCUCAACAAAUCGACAUGGACUUGCGCUGGAUGUAAGACUUUCUGGAAACCUCUAAACAUCUCAGCUGUCUCCAGGUCGGACAGGUCAUCUGAGCCCUGCUCCUGGUCCCCAGAGCCUGUUUGAGGGCCAACAUGUCAGUGUCAGGGGCCACGACCGUGCAGCUUUUCACCAAGCUUGUGAAGCAUGCAGUGGGAAAGACGCAGAUUCAGCUGAACCGCUGGCUGCAGAGAACUGCCACAGAUGAGUGUGACAAAAUUGACAUUCUGAUAUGCAGCGCCUUCGAUGAGAGAGGGGUCGGCUUAGGCAAGUCGGACGGAGACCCUGAGGUUAUCGGUGACACAGGGGGGACGACCUUCACCAGCAGUGGGGAAUUUAGACACCCGUGCUGUAUCACCACCUUUUGCUUCAAGAGCGCCCUGCUGGCAUGCAUCCUGACCGCUGUGUGCUUCUCCUCUGUUGCCCUGGUGCGGCAAUACCUCAAGGACCUACUGCUCUGGGUGGAGAGCCUGGACAGCUUCGUUGGAGCCAUGCUGUUUAUAGUUGGUUUGAUUAUUGUGUCGUUCCCAUGCGGAUGGGGAUAUAUUGUACUUAAUGUGGCAGCUGGCUACCUCUACGGCUUUGUGCUGGGCAUGGGACUAGUCAUGGUGGGAGUAUUGAUAGGGACCUUUGUAGCACAUCUAGUGUGCAAACGACUAUUGACUGACUGGGUGUUGAAUAAAGUUGGGAACAGUGAACAGCUCAGUGCUGUCAUACGAGUGGUGGAAGGAGGAAGUGGACUCAAAAUUGUGGCCUUAGCAAGACUCACCCCCAUACCUUUUGGGCUCCAAAAUGCAGUUUUCUCGAUCACAGAUGUGUCCUUGCCAAACUACCUGGUGGCCUCCUCUGUGGGUCUGUUGCCCACACAGCUUCUCAAUUCCUACCUGGGCACCACGCUUCGCACCAUGGAGGACGUCAUCGCGGAGCAAAGCGUCAGCGGCUACUUUGUAUUUAGCCUGCAGAUCGUCAUCAGCAUUGGCUUGAUGUUCUACGUUGUGCAUCGGGCUCAGGUCGAGCUCAACGCAGCCAUCGCCGCCUGCCAGAUGGAGCUGAAGUCGUCACACAUGAACGGCUCCUCCACCAAUCACAGCGGCUUCACCUACUGCAGCAAGAGGGCGACGGCUGGCAGCGGGAACUGCAUCAACGUGGUGUGACCUCAAGCCACCGCAUGUGGUGGUAGCUCCCACAUCUUGGUUAGUGAAUUGUAAGACUGCAUAGCUUAGAGGAACCCGCUGAGAUUAGACGGCGUCCAAAACCUGGUGGUGGCAUAUAAUUUUCAUCACGACAUCAUAUUCUGACCGCACAUGUGAAGAACCCCCCUGAAAGCGUUCGCCUUUAGUCGGUACGAUGUUCUCGCAGUGUGGGACCACCUUUGAAGAAACGAUGAUGCUGCUGAAAGUGGUUUUGCGGUACAUCAUUUUGGGAGAUUUUUUAUUUUUAUUGAGGUACUUCUUAACGUCUACUCUGUUAUAGGAGAUGUCAAUGAAAUUAUGAUGAAGAUGUUUAGAAAAAUAUCAAAGGUGGCGAUGUGAGUGAGUCAUUUAAAGCAUAGCGAGGCGUUUACUGCCUGCUGUCAUUAUGAAUGUGCAAUCUGGAGCUUUCUAGAGAACCAAGGAAUUGAUUUUCCAUUUCAGUGUCAAAAGAAUGCCGACCUAUGCACCUUUACGUCAUGCUCUACCUGUUCUCGUUUUGUUUCAGGGGAUUUUUGGGUUUUUUGUUUGUCUACAUCCAGUGCUCAUCCUCGAUAUAAAUAAUAAGGGCAUUAUUGAUAUUUUUUUUUCGAAUGAUUUGGCUUUUUAGUCCUGCUCAUUUUUUAAGUGUCUUAUUUUUGGACUCUGGAGAAAGAGGAGAAGCUCUCAGCGGGCUCGACUCCGACUGUGUCGUCUCUCCUGGCUUAUAGCUGAAUCGGCCUCGCCUGGCCAGAGAUCAUUUUAGUGCUUCUGCAGUUUUGAUAAGAGCAACUGGAGUAGAGAGCAGGUUUCACAGCAGGAAACUCAGGAAUGUUUCUGCCAGGAAAGUUUAAAGUGCAGCGUGGUCGGCUCGUCGGCAGCAGAGCCACGUGUUCCCACAUUGGACUGAAACGGAGAUGUCAAGCUUUUCCUGUAAAUGUUUAUAUUUAAUUUUGAAUUGAUUUUUACAUUAGCUUUUAUUUUAUUUCUUUAUUUGGCUGUGAGAUUAUCCAUUAGUGAUUAUUACAUUAGUUUUUGUUUCAAAUGGUAGUUUUGACAAUUCAGUGCAAUACAAGUAGGAUGAAAUGGCAUGAAUGUCAUAUUUCAGUGCUGAAACCAAACUAAUCCCAAAUGCUCUCAAGCAGAUGAAAUAACACAAACCUAGGUCUGUGUUUUAUUUAGAUUUACUUGCAUUAUAGAUGAGUACGCUAGAUGAGAUAAAGAGGCUUUUAUUUUGUACGUGCCAUAAUUUGAUAACGCUUAUCGGACGUUACGACAUCGGCCCCGCGUGAGCUGAGGCUACAUGUGACUUAAUACUUAAUUCUUCGUUGUUGGUGAUGAUGAUAGACAUUACCUGUGAACGAUUCUUGUGUUUUCGCUCUUAAUACGACAACAACAAAGCUCUCCUGCUGUCGGUUCUUUUGCACAGUCCACAACAACAGACAAACAUUAUUUUCAUACCGUUAAACCAGGAAGGGGUUUGGUUGGCCAAAAGUAGAAACAGAUGCGUCUCAGAAGCUGACAAUCAAACACAAAUGGACACUAAAGUGAUGAAUGUGAUACUAGUUUUUAUUUUUCAUUUAUUGUGAUGCUGCUCCUCAGACGACGUCUGGUUGAGGAAUAAUAAGGGCUCCUAUAUGAAAUAUCCAUCUCCGUGUCCCUGUAAUUGUUCACAAAAGCCUGUUUUGUAACGCUGGCACAACUUUUUUGUUUUUGUACAAAUUUUUUUCUUUUGAAAGCCAGAGUCAAUGUUCGUCCAAACACAUUCCACGCUGUCAGUCCUCUGACAAGCUGUAGAGUUAUUUUCAUGCUAAAUGUUGGUUUAAGGGCCCCUUCCUGUUUGAAUUUAGCAAUAAUGUUUGACAGUCAAAAGCAAAAAAAUAAUCUAUAUAUAUAUAUAUGAUAGAAGUCCUACCAGUGAGGUCUUUAGCCAAGUGUUGGGAACUGUUCAGUCGCAGUGUUAAAGAUCUGUUUGUAGACCUGAUCAAAAGUGAACAAAAAAAAAAAAAAUACUGCAUUUGAGUCUUUCGUCGAUCCAUAUUUCACUGUCAGAUUGAGUAUCAACAUUCCCAGGUUUGUGUUACAGUCUUCAACCUGCCUUUUACCUCCCGCUGCCUCUGACGGACAUUUCUGCGCCGCCGACGAUGUGGAAGACGAGUCACGAGACGCGUCUGUGAUCAGAACAGCUUGUUUAGUUUUCCAGCACUUUGUUUGGAGAGCCCCUAAAACGACAGAUUGCUUAUACAUUCACGUCUUCAGCGUUAAACCUAAACACUUUUCCAGUUUCUUACUUGAAUCGAAAGUUUACGAAGAGAAAGAUGAGUAUGUUUUAUGGCUGCUAGAAUUCUAAUAAAAAAAAUUACUCACAGUUCUCAUCUACUUACUUUAUAAUAAAAAAAAAAAGACAUGGAAA